GCGGUUAACCCUAAGCACGUGUUUGUAUUGAUAUUUUUACUUUUUGGUAAAUUGUUGUUACUUUUUUCCUUGUUGAUUAUUUUGUAUUUUUGUUGUUUAUUUCUAAUUACAAGUGAACUGUUUGUGUGCCAUAUCAACUUAAAUGUCUUGGUUAUUUGGUACAAGAUCUUCCUCCGCGGAUCAAAAUGUUCCUCCAGGUUUUCCUUCUGGUGGUGUUGCUGGUGGAGGUGGUGAGGGAAGUGGUGGUCUCGGUGGGGAUAAGGAUGGUAAAGAUGGUAAAGGUUUCUCUGUUCCCAAGGGAUACAAUUUCGAUUCAACUGGAUUAGAAAGAGCUGCCAGAGCGGCCAAAGAAUUAGAGAAAUCAGCUCAUGCUAAACAGGCGUUUGAAUUGUCUAAGAUGCAAGAGUCAACUAAACAAAUGGAACUUCAAUCCAAGGUUAAAGAGUAUGAGGCUGCAUUGGAACAAGCGAAAGUUGAACAGAAACGAAUUGAUUAUGAGGAGAGAAGGAAAACUUUAGCUGAAGAGACUAAGCAACAUCAAGCUCGUGCUCAAUAUCAAGAUCAAUUGGCUAGGAAACGAUAUGAUGAUCAAUUGAUUCAACAACAACGAGCCAAUGAAGAGAAUCUCCGUCGACAAGAGGAAUCAGUGGCUAAACAGGAAGCCAUGAGAAAGGCAACAAUUGAACAUGAGAUGGAUCUUAGAACUAAAAAUGAUACCAAAAGAAUAGAAGCUGAAAUGAAGGCUAAAGCUGUUGUAGAAAGAGAGAAUCGUGAUAUUUACCUUGAACAGAUUCGGGUUAAAGCAGCUGAACAAAGGGUCACCGUUUUAGAGUCAAUUAGAACCGCUGGUCAAGUUUUAGGUGAAGGAUUUAAAGGAUUCAUCUCAGACUGGGAUAGAGUUACAUCAACAGCCGCAAGUUUAACCUUAAUUGCUGCCGGUGUUUAUUCAGCCAAAUAUGGUAUUAGUAUUGUUGGUCGUUCCAUUGAAUCGAGAAUUGGUAAACCUUCCCUCGUUCGUGAUACCUCAAGGUUAAAUGUGAUGGAUAUGGUUCGACAUCCAAUCGAUAGUUCAAAACGAAUGGUUCUUAGUCGUAAACCGGAAGAUGCCCUGAAAGGAGUUAUUUUAAGGCCCUCACUAGAGGAGAGACUACGUGAUGUUGCCAUCGCCACUCGAAAUACUAAAAGAAAUCGUGGUUAUUAUCGUAAUAUACUUUUCUAUGGACCCCCUGGUACUGGUAAAACACUUUUCGCCAGGAAACUUGCUCAACAUUCGGGUAUGGAUUAUGCUAUACUAAGUGGUGGUGAUGUUACACCCAUGGGUGCUGAAGGUGUUACUGCCAUUCAUAAGGUGUUCAAUUGGGCCAAUACUUCACGAAGAGGACUUUUACUGUUUGUCGAUGAGGCUGAUGCCUUCCUCCGUAAACGAAGUUCAAUCAAUAUGUCCGAAAAUAUGAGAGCCACUUUGAACGCUUUCCUUUACCGUACCGGUGAACAGUCAUCUAAAUUUAUGAUGGUUUUAGCAUCUAAUACACCCGAACAUUUUGAUUGGGCUGUUAACGAUCGUAUCGACGAAGUAGUUGAAUUCCAAUUACCAACAUUAGAAGAACGUGAAAGACUAGUCCGUCUUUAUUUCGAUAAAUUUGUACUUCAACCCGCCGCUCAAAGAAAGAGACGACUAAAAGUAGACCAAUUCGAUUACGCCAGUUCGUGUUCUAAAAUAGCUUCAAUGACCGAUGGCCUUUCUGGUCGUGAAAUAUCUAAAUUAGGUGUUGCCUGGCAGGCUUCAGCUUAUGCUUCUUACGAUGGUAUUCUAACUGAGAAAAUGUUAUUUGAUCGAGUUCACGAUAUAAUUAGUCAACAUCAACAAAAGAUCUUAUGGGAAACGGAAGAUGAAGCCCGAAAACGGAUUCCAUUGACCUCCAAGGAAGCCUCUUACACCGUUGUCACAUCUAAUUAACUAAUUAUGUAGAUUAAGUUAUUAGUUAAUUCACUUUCCUUUUGCUUCUAGUGUUAUUUCAAUCCCAGUGCAUUUGACUAUAUUGCUCUUAUCACGACAAUUAACACUCGUUGAUUGUUGUCCCAACAACCAACUUAAAUCAUAAACUUUUAAUUGUAAAAGUUUCUGUUUAAAUAUAUAUAAAAGCUAUAUAUAUGUUUAUAUAUAUUUAAUUUAAAUUUGA